AUGCCCCCAUCAAAUGACACCAAGUUACACCCCUCCUCUUUCCUCCUGCUGGGAGUUCCAGGCCUGGAAGAGAUGCACAUUUGGAUCGGGUUUCCCUUUUGUUCUGUGUACUUGAUUGCCCUUUUGGGAAAUGUCACUAUCCUGUUUGUGAUCAAGAAUGAACACAGUCUUCAUCAGCCCAUUUAUUUCCUGGCUAUGCUAGCCUCCAUUGAUCUGGGCCUGUCCACAUCUACUAUCCCCAAGAUGUUGGGCAUAUUCUGGUUUAGUUUAAAAGAGAUUAGCUUUGGGGGUUGUGUCACCCAGAUGUUCUUCAUUCAUAUAUUCACUGCUAUGGAGACUGUAGUGUUGGUUGCCAUGGCCUUUGAUCGCUAUGUUGCCAUCUGCAACCCUCUGCGGUACAGUCUGAUUCUCAAUAACAGAACUAUUGGCCUCAUCUUUGUGGUGGUGUUUGGUGUCAAUUUCAUUUUGGUUAUCCCUCUGGUGUUUCUCAUCUUGAGGCUUCCCUUCUGUGGACAUCAUAUAAUCCCUCACACAUAUUGUGAGCACAUGGGAAUUGCUCGGCUGGCCUGUGCCAAUAUAAAAGUAAACACGAUAUUUGGAUUAAUUCUUAUAUCAAUGGUAUUUAUUGAUGUGGUUCUGAUUGUCAUCUCCUAUGUGAGAAUACUCCGAGCUGUCUUCCGCCUUCCUUCUCGUGAUGCCAGACUCAAGGCACUUAAUACAUGUGGCUCCCAUAUCUGUGUUAUUCUGGCCUUCUUCACUCCAGCUGUUUUCUCCUUCAUGACCCACCAGUUUGGCAGCAAUGUCCCCAUAUACAUUCACAUUCUCCUGGCCAAUUUAUAUGUUGUUGUUCCACCAGCCCUUAAUCCUGUCAUCUAUGGAGUGAGGACUAAACAGAUUAGAGUGCGGGUUUCAAGUAUCUUUUUGAAAAAAAGAUAG